CCUAAAACAUAGAUAUUUUGUUUUUUAGGUUAAUUUUGUUAUUCAUUUAGUCAUUGCCUAUUAAAAUUGGCAGAAAAUGAAGAAUGCAAAUACUUUUGAUUCUUAUAGGGUGACUAUAAAUGAAAACAAUUUACCUACUGGAAUAAUUUAUAAACAUAAAAACUUGAUUGAUAAUUUAAAUCACUGGCAUAAAUUUAUGAUUUGCAACACGGAAAAACAUAAACGUAACGUAAUUUUAGGGGCAAUUUUAGAUCAUGUUCAUCCUCUUGAUUUAAUACCUGUUUCUUAUGGUAAAGAUCAUGGAACUGCUCAUUUUCUUGCAAGAAAUUGUGGUCCUGCUAUAACAAAAUUGGCCAAAGAUAAUUUGACAGUACCGAAUCCAGAAGACCCUUCAAAACCAUUUAAAUUAACUAUAAUUUUAAAAUUUGCCACGACAAGUGAAUUUAAGGUUGAUGUCCAGAAAAAUAUCGUCGGUGCUUUAACAAGAAGAUAUGAUUCUUCAACAAGAACACUCGAUUUAUCUAAUUUUAGUGAAGAAAGAGGAUUGACAGAAUUUUGCCCCUUGUCCCAACCAAAAAUUAUGUACUUCGUUUUACAUCUCUCAAAACAUCUGGUACCUUUACCUGAGAGGUUUAUUUUAAGCCACAAUCGAAUCAAAUUAUUAAAUUCUUUGGAUGCCAUAUCUGGGGUAAAAGUGGUAUACCUUGAUUUUAGCAAUAAUCUCAUUGCAAAUAUUGAUAAUUUAAUGCCUUUAAAGACUUCUGAAGUUUCUGAGCUAGUGCUGGACCAGAAUCCUAUAUGUGAUAAUUAUGAUAGUACUAUUGCAUAUGUUAAAGAUGUUGAACGCUACUGCCCAAAAAUUUCUAUUCUGGAUGGAGUAUUAAUAAAGGAAGGAAUUUUUUCAGUUAUAAAACCUAACUUCCUCUGCAACCCAGACUGUUACGACUUGGCAAAUCAAUUUUUGGAAUAUUUUUUUACUAUCUACGAUUCCAGAAAUCGAAUGAUGAUGGAAGGCUUGUACCAUACUAACGCCAUGUUUUCACUCACAGCAUCGUACAUUCCUGGGCAAUUGUCUUCUAGUUCUGCACAUUUAAGGGUAUACAACAAUUGUGCUCGGAACUUAUUGAAAAUUGCGGAUUUUUCACGAAAUACGGAAUAUCUGUUUAGGGGAGCUUAUACUAUAAUGAAGAUUUUUAAUCAGUUGCCACCGUCAGAACAUGACCCGUCCUCUUUUAAAGUGGAUGUCAUUUAUAGCACUCCAAACUGUGCAGUUAUUAAUGUAUGUGGGGUUUUUCGAGAAUUGCCUCAGAACCUUUUGGAUGCUGAGAGGUGUCUCGGUUUUUCGAGGACAUUCGCCUUACAAAUGCUAAGUGCAGGACAGGAAUGGGUUAUAAUAAAUGAACAACUUCAUGUCUAUAAUGCUUUAAAUGUGCAAUUAAGUACCAGCUUUAAAAACCCUAAACCGACACGUAUAGAUAUCAUACCUGUUGCGGAGACUGUUAAGGAUCAGCAGCAGCUGGCAAAUGCUCUUAAAAUUAUUACAAACCUAAAUACGGACUGGUCUAAAAAGUGUCUAGAAGAAUGCAAUUAUGAUCUGAAGAAAGCUCUGGCACUAUUUAUAGACUUAUAUAAAGUUGACAAAAUCCCUUCUGAAGCAUUUUUAAAUAUGUAGUGAAAUAUUCGUAUUCCAAUUAUUAGGUUAGAAUUUUUUUUAUAUCAGUUCACACCAUGUGUGAAUGUAUGUGUGGAUUAUAA